AUGGCCACGAUGAGGAAGAGGUUCUCCUCGUCCUCGGCUGAAGACGACGCUGCUAACCUCUGUGACAGCGCUGCCGAUCCCGGUUCUGAUCCGACCGGCGAACCAGAACAUCCCUAUGCGUCUCUGCUGUGCUGCCACAGCGUCCAAGACUCUCUGCUGAGCUCCAACAGCAGCUUCACCGGAUACAGAGGGAUCCUCAACUGGGUCAUCAUCCUGCUGGUCCUGACUCAUGCUCACCUGUUCUUGGAGAAUUUCAUACAACAUGGCUUUUUGAUAGAUGUCAAAAAGGUGUUGGGGCAUCUGAUUGAGGACAACUGCAUCUGGCCGCCUGUCAACCUGGUGAUGGCUGCCAACUUGUUUGCUCUGACAGCUUUGUUCCUCGAGAGAUCCCAGGAGAAGGGAAUGCUGUCGCCCUCCUGCGUUCACCGUCUCCAUCUCGUUAAUCUGGCGCUGCUGGUGCUGGUUCCUGCUGCCGUCAUCGCACACGAGUCGACCAUAUCAACAGGUGGCGCCUUCUUCUCUCUCUGGUUCUACACUGUUCUGGGGAUGAAGCUUUACUCGUACCAGGAGACCAAUCGCUGGUACCGUCGGCCUCCUUCAGAUCUCUAUUAUUUCCUCCUCGCUCCCACUCUGUGCUACCAGAGAGGCUUCCCGAGGACGCCAAAGAUCCGAAUCAAUAAGCUGCUGCACCGGCUGCUGGAAAUGGCACCGACCCAUUUCCUCUGGCUCCUCCUCUUCUUUUUGAGCCACUCCUCCCUGAAUUUCUGUGCAGAACUGCUGUGCUUCGGUGAUCGGCACUUCUACGGAGACUGGUGGAAUGCUACGACUCUGAUCGCUUUCUGGAGGAACUGGAAUAUUCCCUUUCAGAAAUGGUCUCGCAGACAUGUCUACAGUCGGCUGGUGGACAGGAGAGUUUCCUCGUCACAAGCUGAGCUGCUGGUCUUCCUGAUGUCUGCCGUGCUUUGUGAGUAUCUGAUCGCUCUGCCUCUGCACAGCUGUCGUCUGUGGAUCUUCCUCAUGAUGGUGUUUGAGCUCAUGGUUGCAGUUUUCCUCGGAAACUAUUUCCAGGGAAACUAUGGCAACGGUUUGGUGUGGCUGUGCCUGCUGCUGGGCCCUCCGCUGGCCGCCACCUCCUACUUCCACGACCGCUACGUCGGCCUCCAUCAGCAGCGCCCGCCGCUGACGCCAGACCACAGAGUUUUCCUGCAGCUUCGCUAGUCGUGGGAAGAAAUUCCUGCAGUGCUGUUAUUACGAGUGACCAAGGAUGUAUUUAGAUGUCAGGAGAAGAGUUAUAAUCCAAGACCUCUACCAACUGCAGCAAUACAUGCGCUGUAUGUAUAUAUAUGUACGUAUACCUCUGUAGACUCAUUAAUGGUGAUGCUACGACACUUCCACAUCUGGACGAUGUUUAUGCAAUAACGGAGUGAUUUCAUGUUGUGUCUGAGUGUGACCGACAGACGACCUGCAGCCCUGUGAGGCAGCUGCAGGCUGGUUAGUGGGUGAAGGCCUCGCCGCUGUGAUCAGGCUUUAACGAGGUGAAUCAGGAGAUAAGGUUUCUGCCUGGAUGCCGCGUCGCUGCGUCACCGUGCGGUUCAGAGGCCCUCUUUGAGAUAAGUUUACCGUAAGCUUCAUGGACACGCUCCAGUCAGGAAAUACAGGGAAUGGUUGUGUGGAGUGAUUUAGAGCAGCGGUUCGCAGCCGGCUUCGUGUGACGUAACCCCACAGGCCCGUCCAAAAACCACUUUAACAGAACCACCACUCAGCCCCAUCUGCUCUCAUCCAGUUAAACUCUCACUGCGAGGGUCUCUCUGGUCGGAGCUCUUUCUUUAUUAGCUUAAACUUAGUUAAUUUAAGCUAGUAAGCAUCUAUCCAUUGCUUCCAGUUUUCAGCUGUUUUAACUGGUUGUUGUUAACUAACAAUUUCCAAUGUUCAUCCACACUGUUAGCUAGCAACUUCAAAUGAUAGCCAUGCUGUUAGCUAACAGUUUCAACUAUUAACCAUAUUGUUAGCUAACAAUUCCAACUGUUUACCCAUACUCUUAGCAAACAACUUGACUAUUAGCCAAACUGCUGGAUAACAAAAUCAACUGUUGAUUCAUAUGGUUAGCUAAUAAUUUUAGUCGUUUAUUCAUACUGUCAACUAUUAUCACUUGCUAGUCAUAAUGUUGGCUACCAAUUCCAACUCUUUAUCUAUACUGUUAGCUAACAAUUUCAACUGUUAGCCAUACUGUUAGCUAAGCGUUUGAAGUCUUUAUCCAUACUGACAGAUGACAGUUUUAACUGUUUAUCCAUACAGUUAGCUAACAAUUUUAACUGUUAGCCAAACUAUUAGCUAAUAAUUUCAAGUUUAAGUCAUACUCUUAGCUAAUUUCAGCUGUUAGCCAUACUGUUAGCUAACAACAUCAAUUACUAGUCGUUAUGUUAGCUACCAAUUUAAACCAUUUAUCCACACUGUUAGCUAACUAUUUUAAUUCUGACCCAUACUAUUAACUACCAUUUAUCAAUACUGUCAGCUAUAGUAUCAAUUGCUAGUCAUAAUGUUAGCUACCAAUUUCAACUGUUGAUCCAUAUUCUUAGCCAACAAUUUCAAGUGUAAGUCAUACUCUUAGCUAAUUUCAAUUGAUAGCUGCCAUACUGUUAGCUAAUAAUUCCAGCUUAGCUAGUAAUUUCAACUGUAAGCCAUACUGUUAGCCAACAACAUCAAUUGCUAGUCAUUAUGCUAGCGACCAAUUUAAACUGUUUGUCCAUGCUGUUGACUGUCCGCUAACAACGUCAGCUGCCUGCGACAGGGCUGGUCUGUAAUGCUUUUGAUCAGUCUUUUCAUUAGCUAUGGUUGAAAGGUGCCCUAUUCUUAUUCUUAUUGUUCUUCAUAACACAACUGAGAUGUUCAUGGAUCCUAAAAACCCUCCCAGAACACAGAUAUUUUCUGAGUUUUGAACAUUGGGGUUGAUAAGUUAAUAGGAAGGACAUGAAUCGGUGCCACAUGUAUAUUUAAAGAGGACAGAAGAGGAAAUGAUGCUGCCUGUGUGUGUGUUGACUCAGCAGGGAUGAUGAAACUU